GGCCCCCUAUAUAAUCGGCUCCUCACCUGUCGCGAAACCCUAGCCGCCAGUUUCCCCGUAGAGCGCGAGAGAGACGAAGAGAGCGAAGAGAGAGAAAGGAGUGAGCGACCAUGGCGGCGGCGGCGACUCCGUACGGGGUGAUGAAGGGGGCGAAACUGGGGAUCGAGGAGCCCCGCGAGCAGGUCAAUCGCAUACGCAUCACCCUCUCGUCCAAGGACGUCAAAAACCUCGAGAAAGUUUGCGCGGAUCUAGUGAAGGGAGCCAAGGAUAAGCAGCUUAGGGUUAAAGGGCCGGUUCGCAUCCCAACCAAGGUCCUACACAUUACGACACGGAAGUCUCCUUGUGGCGAAGGAACGAACACAUGGGAUCGCUUUGAGUUUCGCAUCCACAAGAGGGUGAUUGACCUCUACAGCUCUCCUGAAGUGGUGAAGCAGAUCACCUCCAUCACUAUUGAGCCUGGUGUGGAUGUUGAGGUCACCAUUGCAGAUCUCUGAAAAGCUAAUUUUCUGUAGGUGUCCUAGAUAUCAAUUAUAUGAUCCUCUAUUUGGUAAUCUUUUCUCUUAUAGUCAUUUCUUUUUAUUGAGACUCAGAUUUUAGAGCCUUAUCAUCUUUUUGUUUUUCGAAUUUAGAACCAAGUUUUUGGUUUGAGCUAUAAUAUUAUGCAGUUGUUAAAAGUGAGUUUUUACUAUGCUUUUGUGUGUUAAAAGUUGAGGCAUGACCCCUACCUCACCUUAUGA